GCACCGCGGACCUUUCGAAUAUCGAAUACCACUACUGGCUAGAAACAACGACACGAAAUGUCAAAAAAAGAAUAAAUUCUGAAUUGGAAAUUUUUGACCAAAAACAAAGUGCGUGUUAAUUAUUUUUGAAAUUGUGUCGUCAGAAGCUGUAAACUUUCGUUACGUUAUUUUUAAAUAAUGAAAUAUUGAAGUGCAAAAAGUGAAAUGCUGCAACCCAGAUUGUAUAGUGGUAGUGCCAAAAUGCAAGGAUCGAGGAACUUUGUCCGGUGGUGCGUGUGCGCACUUCUGUGUAUCAGUUUAGUUACAUGUCAAGAUAUAAAUAAUGACGAAGAACUAACAAGGAUAAAAAGGGAAAAUGUUCCGGAAAACAGGGACUUGACAGUACUCCUCGUAAACGACAAAGCGAAAGAAUACAAUACGAAGAUUGGACGUUACCAUAGUGUGAAACCUCUUAUUGGCUUACUCACGUCUACGGCAAGAACUUUUAUCCAAGAUGGAGUAACAACUGAGUUUGCUACACAAAUCUUAGGAACUACUCUUAAUAAUGGUCGGAUCUAUGCUCAGCUUUUGACAAAGUCGUCCCUUAUACUUUAUAAUAAACCUUCCAAUGUAGAAGAUUCUGUGGUUGUCAAACCCACACGCGUACAUUCUGCUUUUGAUGGCGAAUGGAACGUCAAGCAAGAUCUAGGCUUCAUUGACCCGGAAAAGUUUAUACUCAAGAACACUGAUUAUUUAGCGCCUAGCAGUAAAAUGGACAUAGUUUACGCUAGUAAAGCUUCUCAGGAUAAUAUUAAAUAUUGGAGUCCUCCUACCUCUUCUGACAAUCAGGAUAAUCAAAUCUAUGAUGAACCAACUGGAAGGAGAGUACAAGCAGUUAACGAAAUUCCUAGAUACAGUCCCAAUGAAGCCUUCAACUUCCUUGACGGUCCAGCAGAUAACGAAAAAAAAAUUGAUUUAGUCUUACAACCUUCAAUUUUAGAAAGUGUAAGUACAUUACACCGUCAAAGUAAAGCUUAUGAGGUAGACACAGAACCUAUUAAAGUAGAUUCUCGUGUAAAAGAUGAUACAUUGAACGAAUCAGCGAUUGUUAAGGUUAAGCCCAAUAACGAUUUGCCAACAUUUACGAUAAAAAACGAAUUUUCUCCGAUAUUUUAUUACAUUGACAACGUUGAGACCCGUAGCUCUGCGCAGCAAGCCGGCUUACAAACAAAACUCCCUAAGAAAUUGUUCGGACAAAAAAGCGAGCCUAGACCAAAGAAAACUUUCACGUAUGCUGGAUUUGCUGAUUUCACAACUAUUGUAGGUGACACAGUCAUUAUCUUCACACCUAACACUGAAAUAGGUAGUCCUCAAAAUCCUGGCGAAGUUAAUGUAUUCCCAUCUGCCAAGCGUGUGGAUAAACUAGCUUCCAAAAUAACCUUCUUAUCCGCUGAUAUUCCUGUUGCUACAUCCACAUAUAAAGCUCAUGAAUAUAAUACUGCUACUAAACUUACUACUCCUGGUAGUGACGAUAAUAGAUCCGAGAAGGCUCUAUACAACGACGAAGAGAGCUUGAAGAAGGUUCUCUAUGAAGUUGACAAGAUGCCAGAUUCCAUUAGUGUGCAGUAUAAUAAUGGUUUUGAUCUAAACUUAGACGUCAUUCAACCUUCAGAGGCAGCGGUGAUAACUACUGAAAGUACUCGACUUACUGAUAAUCUUGAAGUUAUUCCUAUUCAGGAUGUUAAUGCCCAAGCUACUGAAUCUUUACCUCCUCUAAAACCUACUGCUACUAUUAUAGAGGAUUCUAAGGAAUCUGUUGUAACUGAAAGCGAUAUUUUGGAUAUGUUCACCAAUUCUGAAGAAGAAGUAGACAAUACUGCCGCAGAAGUUACAGAAAAGGAAGAAGAAAACGAAGACACGAUUACUGAAACUUUGGACAUUAUGACUACGACUGAAAGUGGUCACAGCGAAGAAUCUGAGGAAAUUGAGACCACUACAGAAACGAAACAUGAUAUCUCAGAUGAUGUUAUUUGUACCGAUGGUUUGGAGAUUCAGUCGACAAUGACAACUGCUUACAAAACUUUAACCUAUUUGACAACUUAUUUUAUUCCUGUAGAGAGUACUGAGACAACUACCUCGGUGAAAUCUAAUGUUGUAGUUGAAAGUAAUGUAGGAUACCUUACUAAUACUGUUUGCAGAACGAAUAUUGAUAUUAACCCUACAGAAGUUAUUUCUGUAGAUAUAAAAUCUUCUGUUCAUAGUAGUUUGGAACAACAUGAAUCUUCAUCUGAGGAAACUGUAGUCAAAUCUCCUCCAGCUGAAGCAUCUACGGAGAGUGCAUUUAAAACUACACAGUCUGAUGCAGCUACUACUCAAGAAGAACAAGAAGUUAGUUCUGUAGAGAACCAAACUAACGCCGAAGUGUCAGAAGCAAAAGAAACGACAAGCACUACAUCCACAACAACCACAGAGCGUGUCGACAUAUCUGUAAGCACUGAAAAAUCUACUACACCCGUUGAAAAAACUACACCCAAAGGCGAAGACGAUGUAUUGAGUGAAGAAAAUGAAAUUGAUCUAAUUUACAAGACUUUGUACACUACUUAUACUUACUUCACAACUUUCUUCGGUGAUCAGACAUCAAGUGUAGCCAGUCACAAAUCUGUGGUUACAAAUAUCAUUACUUCAACCAUCAACCUUUCCAAAUUGGACCCAUCAUUACUUGGAGCUUUCGACGAUGACGAAAUAGCGCCAACUAGCGUAGGAAUCGGUCGACCCACAGAAUCAUUUGCUAUUAAUAGCAUUAUUGACCUAGUUAAGAACAAAGAUGUUAUCGAAUCAGUCGAAAAUGAUGAUAGGUACAGUUCGCAAACUCCGACUCCUUCUUUAAGCGAUGAUGUUAUCGCUAGUAUCAAACCUGAUGCAGUGAAAACAUACUAUACAACUUAUACAUUCUUUACAACGAUUUAUGUUGGCUCAGAUGCUAAUAUAUGCAGUAGGAGCGAGGUAUAUACCAACUAUGUCGGACCUGAUGAACUCAUACCAACAAAAGUAAAUCCUUUGGCUGUACAAAAUACAAGAGCUCAAUUUGACUUUAGAAACUGUAAGCAAGUGAAACGUACUCCACCAGUAAAUCCCGAAGAGAAUUCUUCUAUUGAAACUAGUGUUAGUAUGGAACAGAAAAACCAAUCAGAAGAAACAAGCAAGGAAAUUAGCAAGGAAAGUAGUCCACAACAACCUACAAAGCCCCUUGAGGUAGAUAUGCUAUUCAGCGUUGAAUCAAAUCCUGUAGAAACUGAAAACUCCUAUGUUACUGAUGUAAAAUCCUCUUCUUCGAAAGGUGAAAGGAAGUAUUUAGAAAAUAACAAUGUCUUAGAUGAUCAAAUUAGUUCAGAAAGCAACAUAGAAGAAAUCAUGCCGUCACCUACUUUGUUACUCCAAACUAGUUACACUACAUUUACUUAUUUCACUACAAUGUACAUUGGUAAAGACUCUAGUAAAGUGAAGAGUCGUCUUGAAACUAUUACUAACGUUGUCACUGAAACUAUAAUGCCCAAGAAAGAAUUGGAAGAGGAGAAUAAUUUACCUAUCACUUAUUAUACGACGUUCACUUAUUGGACUACAUUGUAUAAAGAUAAAUCCACAACAAUCACAAGUCGCGAAGAGAUUGUUUCCAAUGUCGUUACACCUUCAGUUCAAGCAGUACCCACAGUUAGUCCCAUUGAUACCACACCAAUUGAUGUUGACAGCGUUUUGCCACCAAAAGACUUAGAAGUUGAAUUAAAACCUUCUUUAGUAGAUGACAGUUUGGAGCACGAUGACGGUAAAGCUACUUUCUAUACUACAUACACUUAUUUCACUACAUUCUAUUCUGGCAAUACAUCUCAAGUUAGAAGUAGCUUAGAAACCGUUACCAAUAUUGUCGAUAAUACUAAGGUUGUUGAAGAUAAUCAACUAGGACGUAAAGUACCAACGGGGCCAGCGGAUAAAAAUCUUGUCCAAGAUAAUGAAAAGGGUAAAAAACCCAUUAUUUCUCCAACAAUAGUCAAAGAAGAGAUUAAGCCCACAAAACAACCGGAUCUUGGCUCAGUAGCACCUUCAGUACUCGUGGGUACUUAUAUUGACAACCUAUUCGCUGAAGUAAAAUCAGGUGACACGACGACACAAAAUUCGAAUAGUGAAAAGAAAAUAUUGUUUUCACAAGUAGCUGUGAUAUCUGGAGAUUCUACUGUAGUAACAAGUGACAACAAGACUUUGGAUACUGAAAAGGCUAUUGGCUCUACUACUGCGACAACUGCUGAAGGAUCUAUUAUUACACCUGCUCCUGAAGUUAUACAGAGCUCAGUUAGUGAAGCCGAAACGUCCACAGAUUUUAAAUCUGAAGACGAAGAAGAAGAUGAAGAUGGUAACUCAAGAAAGAAGAGUCGACUUACGUUUACUACUAAGAAACCUACGUUCACCCCAGUAAUUAUACCUUUCGCUUCAAGGAACAGGCCAACUUUUAGUCCUAAGCGUGUUCCUUCACCUAGCGCCACAACUAUUACCAGGCAAGAUUUUACGCCCACUAUCACGGCUACGCCAACACUGAAAUCUGUUAGAGCUUCAGGAUUUGGUGGAAGCCGAGGCAGAGCUUCAGCGGUGCCUGGUUCUUUAGCACCAGGAAGACGGUUUUCAGGGCGAAAUAGCGCAAUCGUCAAUAUUUCAGGUAAUAUCCCAUCUGCUUCAAGGUCUGGUAGCUUUGGUAGAGGAUCUAUUCAACCUACUUCAAGACGAACUGGUUUUAGAUCUAGUUCUUUAAGAGGAAGCGUAGAUUUCGCUAGUAGGUCCGCAGUUCCAAGAAUAAGACCAACCGCAACGUCAAGGUUGAGAGGUGGACGUCAAUCUGCAUCAAUAUCUCUGCCACCACCUGACCAAAAUGAGUCUGAGACACCUGCGACUCAACAGGAAGAAAACGCAACUGAGUCUUUAGAUGAAGUAACCGAAGUUCCAACUAGGACUACAAACAAUCCGCUUUUAAGAUUCAGAAGACCACCAAUAGCCAGACAACCAGGUACUGCUAUUACUCCCAGAUCUACAACCCCGUCAGCAAGACGGGGCUCAUUUACUACCCGUGGUCGUUUAACAACUACUACUAGAAGGACAACAACUCGCUCUACUGCAAAUCCACUUCUUUCUUUAAGGCGGCAGAGACCUAAUGCGUUGUUCCCACGACGCAACUUAUUUAAACAACCAGAACCUGAACCGGAGGAAGAAAUUAAGGAAAAUGAACAAAAGGUUGAAAACAGCGGAGAAGAUGUCGAGGAGGAUGAAGAAUUUGAAGGAGACAAUGACUAUGAAUCUUCCAACAGAAAGGAACAACAAGUAUCCACACCAACUACACCAGCAACAAAAAAAUCUAAUGCAGUACAAAUACGACCCUUCACUUUCAGACGUCGUACAAAGCGUCAAGUUGAUUAUGGAAAUAGGAAGUUUUCCAACUUUAGAAGACCAGGAGCUAGAAGUACAAGUAGGCCUGAAACAGAACCUGAAACCGAAGCACCUGUAACACAAAAACAAAGAACGGCUAACAGAUACAGCUCUAGAAUUUCGACCAAUACUAGGGCGACAACCGCAGCUUCUCCGAAAUCUUCAGCUAGACAGCCUUUUAUUGUCCGAGGAGAAAGUAGAGUUACGACAACAGCAGCUCCUGCUUACAGACGAGGAAAGACAAGGCCUUCAUCAAGAACUACAACUAUUUCAUCAAGGCCAAAAGCACCUAGAUUAUCAAAGAGUUCAGAAAGGACAAGAUCCAGUAGUUCUAGGUCCAACGGUAGAUCACGAACUCGUACAACUACUAGUAGAGCUUCGAGCAGACAAAGAGGAUCUCACGAGAAUUUCAGCGGAGAGAGGUACAACAAUUAUAACAACAUUGUGAAUGAUGGAAAAUUCACUAUCACUCACCAUAUUCCUACUGAAGUAACUAUUCCAAUUGUUAAUGGCAAAAUAACAGAGUACAAAAGCGUUAUAUCCGCUACAACUAAGUUAGACACAUUGCUUCAAAAUCAAGUAUCUACUUCUAUUGGCCCACUGGGUCCUCAAUUAGUUCUUGUUUCUGAAGCCACAGAAGUAGUUGAGAAUGGUGCAACAAAAUUGAUUAAAUUCCUUCUUCACGCGACUCCUACUACUACUGUGAUUUUUACGCCAACCACUAUUAGAGGACGUAAAACAUCCUACUCCCAUAUUUUACCAAGCACUGUUUACAAUGUAGAGCCAGUUACACAGACUAUAACACCGGAAAUUAAUGCAAAUGUUCCAUUAGCUAACCUUUUGCUUUCUCAACUACUUCUUGGCAAUCAACAGCCUGCAAUCAACCCUCUCUUAGCACUUCCAGGACAGGGCUUGAUUCCGCAGCAACCAGUAGUACAAACGCCUGUAACAGAAUACAAAACACGCACCACAACUUACGUUACAACUAUCGUCGAUAAUAGGGAAACUGUUUUGACGGUUACUUUUAGAGCUACACCAAUAGAAACAACGAUUAUAGAUCCCACGACAAGUGUGGUCACUGCUACUGAAUAUAUUACUGAAACGGUGGUAACUACACCUACUGCUUUAGCAGGACCUCAACCUCAAUUCAAUUCUUUACUCCUACCUUUAUUACUUCAACAACAGCAACAGCAACAAGCUGCUGCCGUCCCUCUGCAAACCGCUAACCCUCUUCUAGGGAUUGCAACGCCAGGUCUCGGAACUUCGGACCUCAGUCUCCUCCAAAACAAUGUAUUAAGCAACGAUAUAUACAGUAAUAGCCCAAAGCCUAAUAUUCUGUCGGAUUUAAAUAGUAACGAAGACUUUUCUGAAGAUGUUGCGGAUUAUAAGGAAGAUGCACCUCCUCCGCCUCCUCCUAAACGUGUACGAAAUAAGCCAAAAGCACCUAAGCCACCUCCACCAAAAAAAACAAGCGUAGUUACGUUAUAUGUAUCAGGAAGACAUCCUGGAGAAUUCAGCACAGUUCUUUCCACAGUUGUAACAGAUGACACCCAAACGAUAAGGAAACGUGAGGCAAUUUAUUACGAAGAUGUCGAUAUCCAACCAUCUGUUCUGCCUACAGUCUCUGAGUUAUUGAGCUCACAUGAUGAUAGCAAUUUAGAUAACUCAAUCGUAUCUGAUAUUGAAAGCUACUUGGAAAACAAAAAUCAGGCAGAAACUCAGAGUCUUGAGAGCAUCGUAGGAGAAGUAAAUAAGCACAUUAAAUACGACGCAUCACCAACAUACGUUGUGAAAUUAGUAAACCCAUCUGCGAUUACAGAUAUACAGAGUUCUGUGGAUGAAAUAUCAAUGCUGUUAGGACUCGAACGCAGCCUCGAGAGUAGUGACGCCUUUUUGUUUCGCAUCACAGCAAAAAAGUCAUCUACUCCCGCUAGAGCAAACAUCGAGGAUGCGCUACAAUGCCGUGCAUUCAACUCAAAUGGAAUAGUAUACGACAAUUCACCAUGGCGACCUGGUCGGGAAAUGGAUUUAGUAGACCGACCAUUGACAGAGGAAGACGAGAGGAAAAUGAAGAAUCUUGCUACCAGGAUCAUGAACAAUGGAGUAGAAGUUCUAGUGAAGGAUAAGAGUGCAGAUGCUAAACAAGAUCAGCGCAAGCUUAAAUUCAUUCAUAUAACACCAUUGAAACAUCACCAUGGCAUUGGAAACUCGCCACCUAAGCAGUUGCUAUCAUCAGCUGUCGCCACAUUCGUGAACCAGCAACAAAUGACUGCAUUAUUCCCACUCCAUCAUACAAUGAGACAUAACUACAUCAUCAAGACUUGUAUGACUACAUACACGUACUUAACAACUAUAGUUCAUAACAAAAGAAGCGCUAUAUCUACGUUUGAAACUGUAGUAUCGGUUGUUACUACUGAGUCUUUGACAGACCCUUUCCAUGCUAUGGCAGAAGUAAAUCCGACAAAAACAAAAUAUAUGGAAAUGAAGACCAUUCAACCAUCAGCACCAAGUCAUAUGUUCAUGAGUAAUUUUCCCAAAAUCGAUAAACGAGUAGACAACGCUCAAGUUGAUGUCGACGGCUUCGAACUAAUACAACCUUCAGAAUCUGGUCAUGUUCCUUGUACAACAUCCUGCUCUUGCAGCCAUACAAAAACCGAAGGUUUGAGGACAAGAUAUCCUAACCCACAUGACCAUUCUAUUGCAUCUUCAAUAUAUGGAAUGAAGACUUCGAAAUACGGAGCCAGUAAGUUAGAUUUACGACCCACGAAAGUUGAAUCUAUUGACAAGAAAACCCAAUAUGGUCCUUAUGAAUAUGAAGAUACCCAACAAGCACCAACUGACAGAAUUGUAGAAAAAUACACAGAAGUGAUCAAUGAAUAUUCUGAUGAAAAAGAUAGUAAUUCCUUUGCGCAAGGUGAAUUAUUAACUAAUGAACAAGCUCCUAACCAACAUUUAAAAACUAAUAAAGUAUCUACUAAAACUCCUGAAAAAAACAAACCUGAAAAGCUACAAAAACCAAAUAAAAACAAAGUACUUGUAGCUGACUUGUUAAAACUGGGCUCUCUAGGAAUCAAAGGCUUAUCCCAGUUAGCGCCAGUAAUUGAGAAAAUGACUGGAGGGUUAUUAAAACGUCAGGAUACUAAUAAAAUAACGACAACUACGACAACUUCAAAACCAGUGACAAAUUUGACGCCUUAUCACGUUAAUAAAAGAGUCGAUAGCGAAAUUGAGUCCAAGCAAAGCAGUUUCCCAAUCUAUAUACCAGUUGACGAGUUAGAGACGUCGGAAUCUCAAAUUGUAUUCACAAACGUUACGUUGCAUCAGAACCUAGCGUGGGCUGCGGAGCAUAAGCAACCUAAAUCACAUAUCGUCCCACCUAAAAUAAUCCACGAAAGCCCUCUUGUAAAUGGCGGAAUACCUAUUAGCCCUGGUGAAAUAAUUACGGCUAAUUCCGAUGUGAUUGUUGGUAAACCAGCUGUAGGCGGGCCAUUAACCUUGGCCGCUAGUGGAAUUAGGUUACAUAAUCCAGUCAACCCACCGCCGAUCGAUAGUUUCGUAGCAGGCAGUGAACAGUACUUUGUAAAAAGUAAGCCUGUAAGUGAGCAAUCUUCUAACAUUCAAGUGGAUGACUCGUUUGAUUUAAGACCCCCUGAAUUACCUAAGCCCACGCCCAAACCUAUUAGAAAUCGCCCUGUUCCUCCAUCUUUGCCUUCUUUUGUUCCUCCUUCUCCACAACCACCAAAUAAAAUUCAUCAGCGAUAUCCACACCCGCCUCAAAUUCUCCAUUCGUCAGACCAGAUGAUGAAGACACAACACAUCAAGACUAAUAAUCCCAUCUUAAGCAACCACGGAAGACCAGCUUUCUUAGACUAUAUUCCUUCAUUAGGCAAACCAAAUGCGCCGACUAAGCAUGUUGAAUUCAAGCCUGUUGUUGAAGAUAGUAGCGAAGAAAGAGACAAUAGUCCAAGUUCUUCUGAAAUUGUUAAUACCAGAGUAACACUAGAUGGACAACUAAUCCGGGCAAAUAACCCUGUAAGCAAUCCUGAUGUAGUACACAAACCAUUCUUAGUUGAUAUUCAGCCUUCUAAAGUAGCUAAUGUAUUAAUUCCACAUGGAAGUGCGACCGCUUUAGUAUUCGCUGGGUCUUCAGAACCUCACAAAACUGGAGAAUAUAUUGACGAUCCUUUGCCUUAUCCUGAACCCGGUUAUUUCGGAAGUUUCAGUAUUGACGCUCCUCAAAUGACAAAUGUUCAUAACGUUGCGCCGAAUAAUAAACCAUUUUCGGCAAAACCAAGUAUUCAUCCUCCAAUGGAUAAUUACAAACUGAAUACAUCACCACCGUUCAAAGACCAACCAUUAAGAAAUGACUUAAAACUGAAAUGGAAAGAUAAUAAACACCCAAUAGAUUACAAUAAUAUUCCACCUCCUACGAGUAAUCAAGAAACGCAUUUACAAGUUGGUCCACAAAUAACUGCUUAUAAUCCAGAUGUCUAUCGACCUAAUAAUGGUGAUUUUGAUAAGUACAAAUUUAUUAGAAAUAAUGAUAAGUUCAAAGAUGGGAAAGAAGUUAUCGAUAAGGAAUAUGAAAAUUAUUUAGCUGUGCCACCACCACCUCCCGGAAUGCAGUUCCAUAAGGAACCUCAUUAUGAUAAUAAAAACAAGCCUUACAAUCAACGACCUAUCAUUCACACUAAGCCAAUACAAGAUAUGAAAGUUUUCUUGAACAUUCAACAUCCAGUGCCUAAACCAAGUUCAGAAUCUCAACCUCCCAAAGUAACUUCUGAGAUUUACUUUGCAGCACAAGCUCCAAACAGCAAACCUACUCCAACGUACACCAUUCACAUGCCUCCAUCUCAACCUACUUAUGGUAAUGUAUAUAAUGUACCUAAUUCUAUGAACCAUCAUAAAUUCCCGAGCACAAAUGUAGGAACUUCAAGCAAUUCCUUUACAGUGGUUUCAUCACCUAACUUCGCUAACAAAUCAAUAUUCGCCAAUGAUAUAAACAGUAACGAUAAUACGUACACAGUUACUCUCAAUACUGCUACAAAUGUAGCUAGUAAUGUUGGAGAGACUGGACAAGUUAUUGGUUCAAGCGUACCGGUUGCUAUAGGAACUUCUUCAAAUGUUGGACAAUUAAAUGCUGAUAUACCUAUUGGAACUAACUUUGCUAUACGAGUCGAAGAUUCUUCUCCAGUAGAAAGCUAUGGGCAGCAUAGACAUCCUUCAGUAGUUUAUAACAAUCAAGUCAAUGAACCCGAAAUAGCUGUCGGUGACAACCGGUGGAACUUAACUUCGAAUGACAAUGCAGGAUCUAAAUUCGAAGGUACUACUAAGAAUCAUUACUUUAAUCAAGGUUUCUCGGAAAGACCAAUUCAGAAAGUUGUAGAGCCAUUCGUUGCACCAACCUUGAACAGCCAUGCCAACUUCCCUAUGAUGAGUGAAACGACAAGUAAACCAAGUUCUUACGAAGACGUGAAACCAGUCACAGAGGAAAUAGACGAUAUCAAGAAUUCUGACCAGAAGAGACCUCCAAAACUGAUACCGAACAUUCCUACUAACUCUCAUGGAUGGUAUUCGAGUAUAUUUUCUAACGAGAAUAAUAUAAAUAACAUUAAAGUUGAAGCUACGACUAGAAAGAUUAUACCUCUGUUACACGAGUACAAUGAAGAUACCAUAUCUGAUUUCGGACAGAAGAUAACUAGUAUUGGCAAGCCUCCCUCUGAUUUUUGGGCACAGACACAAAUUCCACCACAAGUGCCUAAUAAUAAAAAUAAAUUUAAUAUUGGUAAACCAUUCACAAGACAUCAAACUACUGAAAAACCAUCUUCUACAGCCGCUUUAUUUACUUCAAAGCCUUACAAUCCAAAUUAUAUUCCAUCAUACUUUGGUGGCAUCAAACAACCAGCCUAUGACAUACCAGUAAGAGACAAUAGUGACGAGACUACAACGACCAAAACUUCAGAAAAAAUUAAACCUGUUUAUGAGAAUUCUGAAGAAAUUUACGAUGGUGAAGACGAAGAAUUGAACAACAAUGGUGAAAAUGAAGGAGAAGUGAGCCAAGAAUCUAUGCGAAUACCCAUUGUGAGUGCUUCUAAUGAAGACAAAGCACCAAGUUAUAAAUCUACUACAGACCUAACUUUAACGAAAGAUGACCAAUUGGAGAAAAAUAAAGAUACUCAAAUGAACGAAAACGGUCAGUUUGUUCAAUUUAAUCCCGGAACACAAACUGAGAAACCAUUUGGAACUUACAAUAAAACAACGUUUACCUCCAACACUAUUAAGCCUAUUUAUGACAACCAGAAACCUAGACCUUUUACUACAAAUACUUUAUCUACAUUAGAUCAUCAAUUGCAACAACCACACUGGCAGAUCAAUCAUUUAAUGGUCAACUCUACGAACAACAUGUCUUAUGAAGACGGUUUUGAACUAAACAUUGGAGAAGAAAUGAGUAAUCCAACAUCAUCAAAGCCUAUAAUAUCACCUCAUGCUCCUUAUAACUCAGGAUCUGAAAACAAAUAUAAUAGGAGACCACAGAGGCCAAUCUUCAUAUACAAUCAUGAAAAGAAUCACGCUAAUGAUUCUAAUAUCAUUACUUCAACUGUACACAUUAAUGACAAGAAACCGUUAGUUAUAGAAGAUAUUCUAAACAACUCAACAGAACCACCCAUUUCUUUGACAACUAUAGAACUCAAUCGCUCUUCGAGCGAAAUUAUUGACCUUUCUCCUCCUCCGCCAACAAUGGAAUAUAGCUUUAAACCUUCCACGAACGAUGAAAUGAUUAUGGGUAUGAGUCCACCUCCGCCUAGGAUAUCUCAACCGCCCAGAUUACCUCAGCGAACUCCACCUACUCCGAGACCAAUACUCAACAGGACGCCACUUUAUAGAACCAAACCACCCAGAACGUUGCCUCCUAGAGUACCAACUACGUCGAGACCUAUUAGAAGACCAACAAACAGAGAUGAAGUCUCUACUUACAGACCAGUGUAUGAUGUAUUGAACAAUAUAAGGCGACCAAUUUAUAAUAAAGAUCAGCCUUCCGUUCAAAUGCUACCACCACCAAGAGACGUCCCAUCAAGGUUGACUCCAGUUAAUGAUCCAUCACCAACACUAAACAUUCAUUCUAUUCCUAAUGUGGUGUUCCCAACGCCUAUAUCGUCAGGCUGGCUUACAUCAUCUGGUGUAGAAUUCUCGUCAAGCUUCGAUUUUGGCCCUACUUCAGUUCAAUUCCCAGAACCUGAAAAAUCGAGUGUGCUAUCGCUACCGGAAGUAUCACCGACAGAUAAUUCUUAUUCUUACGAAGUGCCCUCAUCAUCUGAACGCAAUGAUGAGAUUAGCACUGACAACGUUAAUCAAGACAAACACAGUACAUUUAAGGAAGUUAGUAUUGAAUCUACAACUAAGAAGACUACUUCAAGUGAAGAAUUAAAUAUAAGUGAUUCUUUUGGCAGUGAAUCGAGCCAUGAAGACACAACUACAGAUAAAAUGAAGAUUAUUCAUAUUGGAAAUAAGUAUAAUAGAACUAGAAAGCCUUAUCCAAUUAAACAAGAUGAUAAGAAAAGUACCACCAGUAAAUAUAAAAUACCUUCCAAACCUCCAACAACACUCAAACCACCUAAAAUACGUCCAGAUGUGCUAUAUCCGUCAAGAGUAGUACCGUCUAGAAGGCCACUUAGACCGCAGCCUUCCAGGCUGCCAGUGACUUCAAGUGUUAUUGAAGGUUCCGAAUCAUCAAUCGAAGAUGAUUUUGUAAAACCAACAGAAGUAUUAAAUUAUAACAUAUCACCAACUCCUGUUUUAUCAGAAAGCACUAAUCUUAUUGCAAAAUUACCAUCCAGUGCAGUGACUCCUAGUAUAGAUGAAGUAAUACCGAGCGUACAACCAAUUAAUCAUGCGGGCAAUGAAAUAAAGAUAUCAGAUGAAAUUGUGCCAACAAAGACAGAAUUCAGAACAACAGUAAUUACUCUAACUAAGACGUUAUUAGAGCCCCCAAGAACUGUGUCAAGUAUCGGUUAUGUGAACUUAACACAUACAUUAACGGUAACCCACACUAUGACCAGUUUAGUAAGCAAAUCUGAAGGAGCUGUCACUCAGACUCUAAUAUUAACUAAUACACGUACGUCUACAAUAGUAGAUGUUGUUACUGAAAUCCAGACGCAAGUACAGCCUACUACGAUAAUUGAGACUGUGACAAAGCAUUUGCCUGUGGCUCAUGUUGAACCAACUCCUGUUCAUGAAAUACCAGCGAAAACUAAAACUCCACUUGAUGAUUUAACAAUGUCUUCUGAAGAAGAGAAUCUUAUUAUUAAGGAUGAAACCACAGAAAAUAUACAAAAGAUUCACACUGACUCUGAAGGCGAUAGUGAUACUUUCUUUGUUGUUAUGAAUAAAUCGCAAAAUGGUGGUAAAGUACCUCCUAUACAAACUGAAUUGGAAACUGGCGAAUAUGAUAUCACUAGAAACGAACAAGUUAAUAGUAAUGGUGUGUCGCAAGUACUAUUUGGUGAAAUUCUACUAGCUGGUACACCUUACCUUGAAACUACGAACGUCGUUGCUCCAGGUAUAACGUACUUGAAAGAAUGUCAACCAGAUUGCAAAGCAUCGAGGAAUGAACGAUGCCAGAGAAUUGACGGAAUGAUGAAAUGUAUUUGCAGACCUGGUUUUGCUAGAAUGUUCCCUGACAGACCUUGUAAACCAACCUACACAUACUCUGUAAAACUAGCUCUUGGCACCCAAGGCAACGAACGUCUAAGAUUCCACGAGAACCUAUCAGACAAUUCAAGCAAACAAUACCAUGCGCUGGCUGUAGCCACUCACGAAGGCAUAAAUAGGAUGAUCAUGCAAUCUGACCUUAGAGAUGUCUACCAUGGAGUGCAUAUUACUGGAUUCCAUCCUAUUGAAAUAAAAGACGGUGGAGAAAACUUCCAGGGUGUAAUGAACGACUUCUAUGUACAGCUAUCUGAUAACGCGCACGAAAGCCGUCUGAAGGAAGUCAUAGAAAAGUACUUGAGGAACAAUAACUACAGUCUUGGUGGCACAGAUGUGCAUGCGGCAGGUGACUUAGUGGAAAAAUUGGAUGUUAGCGAUUUUGAUGAAUGCACAAGCGCCCAGUUCCACGAUUGUUCAGAGCAUGCUCAGUGCUUCAACCUCCGAGGCACCUACACUUGCAGCUGUCAUGAAGGUUUCGCUGACCUCAGUGUCAACACGUUGUAUCCUGGCAGAAUUUGCUCUGCGGAACCUGUGGGUUGCGAGCGUUGCAACUACCACGGCACCUGCUACUCCCGUGACGAUCAGCGGGUACUAUGUGAAUGCUUCCAGUGGUACGCUGGAAGCAGCUGCCAUAUAAACUUGAAAGUGGUCCUGAUCUCCUUGGUGGUCCUAGGAGCUCUUCUUACAGUGGUGUUAGCAGUAUGCGCUAUCGUGGCCUGCAGGAAACCACGACCGCCGCCUCGCUCCAUUGUCACUUGCAUUCAGAGCAUGCCUUCUUUACAUCAGGUUAGUUUUUAUGAUGAUAUUGCGGGGAUUGCAGAUACGGUACGCGAUGGAACUAAUGAACUCAUGUGCGUGGAACGUAAAAUAACAACCAAAUUUGGGUAA